AUGGCUGCGGAGUGGCUUCUUAAAACGGGCAAGCAUUCGAAGUAUAUAUCGUAUAGGAAAAUCUUGUAUCAUAGGUUUUUUGUCGGGCUGCUUUUGUUUAUAGUGAUAUCUUUAGUGUUUACUGUAGUGUUCAAUGAAUUUUCUGGCAGUUCACCACGGAUAGAUGUGUACCAAACUGUGAAUUUGGACGCUACAAGUGUUGCAGCUAUAAAAGUCAGUGCUGGUUCUCUAGAAGCUCCACCUCGAGUAGGAAACUGCACAUACUCUGAUUGUUUCGAUGUAUACAGAUGUGGGAGAGGAGGACACGACAAGAUAACUAUAUACAUAUAUCCCUUGAGAGACUAUCAGACUGAAACUGGGAAUUCUAUAUCACAGUUUUCUAAGGAAUUUUAUUUAAUAUUAGAUACUAUAAAACAUAGUAAAUAUUACACACCGAACCCAGAGGAGGCGUGUAUAUUAGUACCUAGCAUAGAUACUCUGAAUCAACAUAGUUUCUCAAGUAAACAUGUCUCACAAGCAUUGCAGUCCUUGCCACAUUGGAAUUAUGGAGAGAACCAUCUCAUAUUCAAUAUGCUGCCGGGUACAGCACCAAACUACAACACCGUUGUUGAUCUCAACACUAGCAAAGCUAUUAUAGCAGGAGCUGGAUUCAACACAUGGACAUUUAGAUAUGGUUUUGACGUAUCAAUACCUGUAUAUAGUCCUAUGGCAGAAAAAAUUGACAGUACACAACCAGAAGAAAAGAAAUAUUUAAUUAUUUCAACGCAGCUCAAUAUACCACAACACUAUUUAGAAGAAUUACAGAAUAUUGCAUCUUCAUCCAAUGAUCUGUUGUUGUUGGGUAGAUGUAAGACUGAAAAUACAGACUUUAGUAAACGUUGUGAAUACACAACGGGUAGACAGUUUGAAUAUCCAAAUAUAUUGAAGGAAGGAAUGUUCUGUUUAGUUGUAAGAAGUGCAAGAUUAACGCAAGCCAUAUUGAUGGAUAUUUUAGCAUCUCAGUGUAUACCAAUAGUGAUUGCCGACUCCGUAGUAAUGCCAUUUAAUUCUCACAUAGAUUGGAAUAAAUUAGCUCUUUUUUUACCAGAGAAUAAUAUAAAAAGUCUGGUUAAAAUAGUGUAUUCAGUUAGCAAAGAGAGACGUGGAGAAUUGUAUUGGCAACUUCGCUGGGCGUUUGAUAGAUAUUUCGCUAGUAUAGAGAAAAUAACUUUGACUGCUUUAGAAAUUAUAAAUGAGAAAGUGUUCCCGCUAGCAGCUAGGAUGUACGAAGAAUGGAACAUGCCAGAACAUUUGGUCGUAGCAUGCUCGGGGACCCUUGAAUAA